CUCAUCACGAGCUGCUCUACUUGGGCAACAAUAUGUGCAAGCACCUUGCGUGCACCAAACAUUCUCCAUAUUUCUGCCCUCGACUCUUUUAAUGCCUGCAGGUGGGCGAGUGCUGGUGAUGAGCGCUUCGGACUUUCUGUGAGCAUCAUGAGUCAGUCCACCUCCGAACUCCGACCUUGCAAGCUCCCAUGUCUACCAUCCUCUUCAACACUCACCCACACCAUCAAUACCCUCACCAACAUCGCAUCGCCCCCAUCUCAUUUUCAUCUAAAAUCGAUUCGUUUCCGCCUUCUGCACCUCCUCCCAUCGCUACGUUCAGUGUAGCGCCCAACCCGUCUCUUAGAGGCAAUUGACUGGUCACAUGGGGCCAUUUCUUCUUAAUUUCCGUCGCUGUGCAGCAUCACGUCUGUGAAUACUCAGUUCCUACACUCCUCAAACCUUGCAGCCAAUCCGAGCUGAGUGAGAUGGAUGCGUCAGCACUCCGACGUCGAUUUUGGCUCAGAGCUUACCUCAAAUAGUGCGUCCUGGCACGUGAUGACGGACUUCCAAUCCUUCAGCCCCACGUCCUCGCGUUUCACCCUUUCUGAGAACCACCUUGAUGCUACUUUUGUCAUAUCGUCAUGCACUAUUUCUAUGCGAGGAAGUUUCCAUAUCUUGUUCCUCAUGCACAGAUCAUCGCAGGCCUCAAUCCAACCCUGAG